AUGAGACUCCCUCAGUCGCUCUUGUUGCUGGCCGUGGUCGGGUCAUCUGCCCGAGCUAGCAGCGAUAAGAUCCCUCGUCCCCGUGGCGUAUCCCCAGACUUCGCCAAAUUCUACCAAGAUCAAACAACCUUCACAUGUAUCUCGAACCCAGACACUCGGAUCCCCUUCACGGCCGUCAACGACAACUUCUGCGACUGCCCCGACGGCAGCGACGAGCCCGGCACGUCAGCUUGCUCGCACCUAUCCCGCAACUCGCCGCUCUCCGUCGCCGAGCGGCCCGGCCACAGCGAAGCUGAGCUCAAGCUCGCGCUGCCGGGCUUCUAUUGUAAAAACAAGGGCCACAAGCCUUCGUACGUGCCAUUCCAGCGGGUAAAUGACGGCGUAUGCGACUACGAGCUUUGCUGCGAUGGGAGUGAUGAGUGGGCACGGGUUGGGGCACGAAAUGAGGAGGCGAGGCAGAAGGCGAUGACGGCUGCUUUGAAGAAGAAAAAAGAGCUGCUCGAUGUAGCCGCGAAGGAGGAGCAGGGGAUCAGGGAUGAGAUUGCUACUGUUGAGAACGAGGUCAAGGGCGCGGAGGAGAAUGUCAGGGUUCUUGAGGAGAGUUUGAGGGUAGUUGAGGAGCAGGAAAGGAAGGUUGUGCGGACGAAGGGGACUGGUAAGGUUGGGGCCUUGGCUGGGUUGGCGAAGGCUCGGGUUGAGGAGCUCAGAGAGAGCUUGCUGGAGGUGCGGUUGCAGAGGGAUGAGACUAAGCGAAGACUGAAGGAGCUUGAGGAGAUCUUGUCUAAGUUCAAGGUUGAAUAUAACCCGAACUUUAACGAUGAGGGUGUUAAGCGUGCUGUGCGCAGCUGGGAGGACUAUGCUGCUCGCGAGGUCGCAGAGGCUACUGAGGUUUCUGAUGCUGACUUGGAUGAGAUUGCGAAGGCUGAUGGCAAAGAUGCUGGCAUUGACUGGGAGCAUUGGGAAAACCAAGAGGAUGGCUGCAAUGAUUCCGACCUUGUCUACAAGCUUGCAGCCUACCUCCCGCCCUCGUUGGUUGAUUUCAUUGAGGAAAAGGCCAUUUCUGUAAAGUCAUUCCUCGAGGACAAAGGGUUUAUUGCCAAGAGCAGCGGUAGCAGUGCGUCGGAAUCAAAGGCUGUCACCGCUGCACGGGACGCCCUCAGGGCCGCAGAAAACUCUCUGAACGACCUCAAGAACAAGAUGAACGACAAGCGUGAUGAUCUUACGAAAGACUACGGUAGGGCUGGAAUCUUCCGUGCUCUCAAGAACACUUGUAUCUCUAAGGAUGCUGGUGAGUAUACAUACGAACACUGCUUCCUGGACAGCACAAAGCAGAUCCCGAAGAAGGGUGGCGGCUCCAUGUCUAUGGGCAAGUUCGCUCGCAUCGGAUCUACGACCGUCGAGGAAGUCGAUGAAGCUGGCAAUAUCAUCACCAUCGAAAAAGUCGCGCUUGAAUAUGAGCGUGGUCAGCAUUGCUGGAAUGGCCCUAACCGAUCCACUAAGGUCAUCUUAGAAUGUGGCGAGGAGAAUGAGAUCCUGAAGACAGCAGAAGAUGAAAAGUGUGUCUAUUCUAUGCUUGUCACUACACCUGCUGUCUGUCCUGGAGGCGAAGAAGAAGACGCAGCCUCUGCGAAGGACGAGCUGUAA